UUGGCAUCUCGAGUCCACCUAAUAUUUCUAAAAAUAUAAAAAUAUUGCGCUUUCUCUCAACUUAGCGGGACGAGUUGCGUGACGGUACCGACCGAAGCAACCUUUCGGCAAUAGCGAUGAGCUUGGGGAUGUCGCAGCAACCGCAGCAACCAUUCCAGCAUGCCUUCUUAGCUUCUCUUUCAGUCUUUGGCAUCCCCCAAUCGAGAACCAAGCGUUUCAGGAAUGCUGCAGAAGGGGAACAAACCUUUAGCAGCUCCUUUAGCUUGCCAGUUUCGCUUUACCUCAGCCAGAUUUAAACCUUUAUGCACUAUUGCCUGUUCUGACACCAACUGGUGCCAGAGAUCAACCAAGAAGCCAGGGGCAUUUACUAGUAGCUAGCUAGCUAGCUACAUGUAGUGCGUACGCGGAAGAGGAAACCAGCCCAAUAUCCAAGAUUGCCUUGGGAAUGCAUCAACCUUCUUCAGCAUUUCAUCAUCCCUCUCCUUCAUUUACAUGCUUCGCUUGUCACAAAACCCACACCAAAUCAAAACUCAUCAGAGCAAAGCGCCCUUCUUUUUGUUGACUUCUUUUCUUUCAGAGUGAUCAGAAGGAGCAAGGUUACCCGCGUCAACCAUGAUGAUGAAUACCAGCAGCAACAGCGACUCGGACUUGACCAACCAAAUGGAACUCAUCCAGCAUGCCUGCAGCUUGAAUAACGCUGGUGCCGCCUAUAUGGCCUCAAACAACGGCGGCCAAGGCGUCAAGUUCUUGAAGAAGGCCCUGAUUAUCAUGGAGGGAAUCUCACGAGAGGAGGAGAGCGACAUUAUCAUGGCUCCUUCCGACGGCAUUGCUCACUUCCCCUUUGUCGAAAUCCCAGGACUCGAAGAAGAUGAAGACACCUUUUACGUUUACAACCGGGCAUUGGUCUUGGACCCACCCAGCGAUGUCAGCAUGACUGACCUCGUCUUCCUGAACGCAUCCAUUCUCUUUAACCUCGCCUUGGCUUUCCACCAACAUGGCAAGGUGCGCUGCCAAGAACCCAUGCUCCGCAAGGCGAUCAACCUGUAUGAUCUUGCUGCCAGACUGAUAGAAGAUCUUUCUUCAAGCUAUGGAGCGCUGGUGGUGGCGGCUCUGAACAAUCAGGCACACAUCCACCGAGAGCUCUGCAACUUUCAAGAUGCCUCCCAGUUGCUGCAACAGGUACAUUUCCUGUCGGGACAAGUUCCUGAACCUCCCAUGGAAGACUCGUCCUCGUCCGCCUUUACCGCAGCACUCUUUGAUGAGAUCUUUCUCAACAUCACCAUGGCCGCUCAGAUCCCAACCACAGCCGCUUCUGCAUGAUUGAAGCAAGCAAGCAAGCACAAACAAGCCGGAACGUGCCUGGCACCCUCCUCUCUCAAGCCCUCUGCAGCCCAAGAGCACGUGAAAACAAAGCAAUCAAGGAAGCAGUGCUCGCAACCGACCUUUUGCUGCCAUAUUAUCUAUCAAGAACUUAAGUUGAAGGAGGAGGAGAGAGAUCUGCUUCUCUGCCCGCCAAGCUGUACCGUAUACCGUACCCAAUGUACCGGAAGUACAUGUAUUACCUUCAGGUCUUCUGCAGUGACUGAUUCAGCCUUUCAAUAGGCAAGACUGAGUGUUUUGUUUUGCAAGCAAGCUUUUUAUUAAGGCAUAUGUAAAUCUUUCAUUGAAACGUUG